UCUCCCCUCCCUCCCUUCUUGGGACAAUCUGCAUGCACUCAACUCCAGCACAGAUCUGUUUCAGCAGCGUAGAGUAAAGAGCACAGCCAGGCAGUGAAAAAAAAAAAAUCAGGGUUCAAAUGAAGGGAGAAAAGUUCAGAUAGAAAAGAAAAGUGGGCCAAGGCUGAGAGAAAGUUUUAAAAAGCAGGUAGAUAAAAGUGUGGAGAAAGUCAGCGUGAGAGACAGGCGGAGAGUGAGGAGAUAUAUUCAGUUCUAAAAAAAUGGGCUCCCUGGUGAGCAGUGCUGCUGCUCUUCUCUUAACCUCCCUACUGGCUUUGCUCUUUGGACUUUCUUCAGUCCUGGGUCAGGAUUUAACAGAGAGAGAUGCACUAUGCAAUGCGGACGGCUGCUUUGUGGUCUAUUUCCAACGCAAGAUCUUCCUGGACUCGUGGAGGGCCUGCAAGGACAAAGGUGGCAACCUGGCUACCAUUAAACGCAGGGAGGAUGCCACCACUAUUGCCACUCUCUUCUCCACUCUGGACUUGCGCUUCUCGCGCACCAACGUCCAGGUAUGGAUUGGCCUGCAGCGCCAGCCUCGCCAGUGUGCCACCACACGCCCGCUGCGGGGUUUCUCUUGGACUACUGGUGACCAGGACACAGAGUAUACCAACUGGCAGAAAGAGGACUCCCCUACUAAGUGCUCGAUGCCACGCUGCGUGGUUAUGGGCUACAACACUCAGGAGCAGAGUGAUAACUUCAAAUGGCUGGAUGGUUCCUGCUCAGUCCCUGUAGAUGGGUAUCUUUGCCAUUACUCCUACAAAGGAAUGUGUCCUGCAUUGUGGAAUGAAGGGGCAGGCAAUGCCCUCUACACCACACCAUUUAACCUUCUAAGCACACUGCUAACCCAUUUGCCCUUUGGAUCUGUUGCUACCGUGCCCUGCCCCGCAGGCAUCAAGGAGGAACAGUCAGUUUUGUGCAGGCUGAAGGAAGACGGCUCAGUUGGGUGGUCAAGAGAUUCCCCCCUCUGCUCCGAUCCCCCUGUAUCACACGACUGGUGUGACCAGGAUAAUGGCGGAUGUGAGCAUUUCUGCAGGCCGGCCGGUGCUCACUUCUACUGUGAGUGUGCCGACGGGUUUCAACUAGGAGACAAUGGGCUGAACUGUGAAUUGUCUGAUGUUUGUGAAGGGGCCCCCUGCGAGUUUGAGUGCCUGCCCCUCUCAGAUGGGUACCGCUGUGCCUGCCCUGAAGGAUACAUGCUUGCACCAGAUGAACGUGGUUGUCUGGAUGUAGACGAGUGCCUCCAGAGUCCUUGUGAGCAGCUUUGUGUGAAUGCUCCGGGGACAUUUGAAUGUCGGUGUCGGGAGGGUUACCAUCCGGAUGAUGAGGGCGGGUGUGAGGAUAUAGAUGAGUGUAUAAAUGACCCAUGUGAACACGCCUGUGAAAACACUCUAGGCUCUCAUAUCUGCCACUGCCAUCUGGGUUUUUCCCCAAUGCCUGAGGACCCCAGCAAAUGCCAAGACAUCGACGAGUGCCAGUUGCCCGGAACCUGUGAGAAGAUGUGUGAGAAUUAUGAGGGUGGAUUUGAGUGCUACUGCGAGGAAGGCUAUGAACUCAUGUCUGAUCACUAUUCAUGUGGCAAGGGAGGAGAACGAGAUGACCAAUCUGCUGUCACCCCUCCAUUUUCUUGGGUCACCCACCAGCCUGGAUCUGUAUGGGACCCUGUGGACUAUGAUUGGAACCCGCAGCAGAGCCACACUGACUGGCCUCCAGAGGAGGAGCAAGCUCUGGACUGGCUGACCGACCCACCCAGAGUUUUGGAUUCUGAUGUCAUUUGGGUCACCAGUGCCCCUCAGGAAGAGCUGCCCUCUGAUUUUGCACUGGACUCUCCGACAAAGGAGGCUGAGGAAGACACACACAAUGGAGGACUUGAAUGGCCGGAGGGGGAGCAGAUAUAUGAGUCUGAGCUGGAAGUUUUGCCAACCACCAUCUACACCACGUCUCCAACCACCACCUACACCACGCCUCCACCCACCACCAGCUCCAGCGCGACCCCAGACUGGUACGAAGGCGACGAGGAUAGCGAGGAGGAGACCACCACAGCUCUCCCCUUCCUUUCCACCUCUACAAUCUCUGAGGGAGCUUGGAAUUGGUGGGCGGGGCUCACCACUUCCAGCCAGAAACCAGGAAAUCCAGAGGAUUCAGUCAUAGACCUCAACAUGCCUACGGAUUCCAGCUACCACAAUAAGGCAGAAGAAGAGCAGCACCCCCUUAGGGAAAUCCCUCAGUUCCCAGAGGAGGAGUUAUGGGAGGAGAAAAAGGACUUUGUGGAGAUCACACACCCAGCUGUUCCCACCCAGCUUACUACUUCCAAGCCACCCCCGAGCGACGGUGGCCAGAGCGUUGACAUCCUGGAUCCUGUCCAGGAAGACAGAGGGCAGAAACAGAGCGGCACCUGGCUCCUGGUGGGCCUCCUAGUGCCCAUCUGCAUCUUCAUUGUAGUAAUGGUGGCGCUGGGAAUCGUCUACUGCACCCGCUGUGCUGUUCACUCACGCAACAAGAAUGCCACUGACUGCUACCACUGGAUCUCUGGGGCUCAUGAUAAACAGGGAGCUCCUAACCCCUCAGCAGGGGUCAAGACCCAUGUUUAAACAGACAGGAGAGGGACUGACAUUUACAUAAACAGACUGCUUCAGAAGUAAGCAGGAGUGAAUAAUGGACCUGGUAAGGCACAAGCUAAAUGUUUCACCCUUUAACUGUGGAACUGCCCACGCUUUUUGGAUAUUCCUGUUAAAUAUCAAUUGUGGGGAAGGGACUCUGAUGACCACUGACCUGUUUUGGGGAUGGGGUUGCUAUGUGGUACAAACUGCUUCGAUGUUUCAUACACUGACCACACAGCACAAGAUCUGAUUGCUUCAUCAUUGCACUAGGCUACAUUAUUAUAACAUUUUAGUGUCUUCUUAAGUAGCGUCUGCUAAUAUCUGAGAAUAAUGUGUGAAGUCAUUUAUUCAACAUUUCACAGCCAGAUCCUGCAAAGAGCCUUUUGGAAUCAAAGUACUGAUGGCAAAAAAAGGCAUUCUGCCUUAUUGAGGUAGCAAAACUUUGAUGUGAGGUGUUUCUUCCAUGCAAAAUCCUCAGGCUCAGUUCAUUUCAAUAGCACAUCACUGUAGAUAACUGUUACUCUCAACUGUGUUAAAAAGGGAUUUUGAUGCAUUGUUAGCUCACAUCAGCAGUGGGUGAAAGGAGACUGUAAGCAAAUAUCCCUUCGAGAGUGAAGACAUUCUGCAGUCACAUGAUAACGCUGGGAAAGCAGAAAUCACUGUGUUGAAUGUUUGAUAAGAAGACCAAAACCUUAUUUGUAUAUAGUGGUUCUUUUGUAUUUAUGUUUGUUUCAGCCUUUUUUUAUGUAACAAUUAAUAAUAAUUCAUUGACAUACCUUUUUUUUCAUGGACCACAUAAAACUGGUGAUAUGCAGAGGAAUAUCUAUCGGCACAUGGGAGUGCUUUCCCCCACUCAUGCCCAGUUUAAGAGCACUUCUCCUUUCUGAAAAGAGGUGAAAGAGCAGAUGUUCACACUGCACGGGGAAUGUUGUCAGGCCUGGUGGUUGACAUUAGCCUUGGCCUCGUUCACGACAUGGCCAUCAGUCACCCUUCAUAACCCUAAUUCAUUAGUGCAGCCUCGGAAGGUUUUCAUCUUAAACCAGCCCUGAAAUGUUUUAUAGCCUUGUUUGGAUCACAUCCAACUGUGUGACACCGCAGUCAGUGGGACACCUUGCAGUUGCUGGUGCAACUUUACAUUUUAAAAAGACAAUCAUAUCGUAAAGAUCUCAGAUUCCCAACUUUUAAAUAACAUGGAGGGCAAAAUGUACAUUGACUUUUUUUGGAGAAGUGCUCAUUGGAUAUUAGGAUGUACAAACUUUAUAAACCAAAGAAGAAACAAAUGAAGAAUGCACUUACAGGUUAAUGGAUAAAUGGCUUUUUAAUGCCUGGGGAAACAAAGUGCCAUUCCAAAUUUACAUAUGAAACUUGUCUUUGUUUUAUUAAUAAGACUGUGAAAUAUAAGAAACAUCGGAUGUCUUUUUUUCAUUUUACUUGUUAAGAAAUUGUGAAUUAAAAACUAUGACAAGG